AUGAAAACUCUUCGUUUGAAUGAAGCCGAAUCCGAGUCGGAUCUAUGCAUAUUAACUAAGCUGAUCUCGAAAUCCAGGAAGAUCAUCAUACUUACGGGAGCUGGAAUCAGUAGAAACGCUGGAAUCCCAGAUUUCCGCUCAUCCAGUGGACUAUACAAACAGACUUACAAUAAUGGAACAAUAAACUGCAAAGAACUCUUUGAUGUGUCAAUAUAUAGGGAGGCAGAUACUAUCGAGUUGUUCAAUCGAUUCAUGCAAAAGAUGUACUACAAUAAGGUGAAGAAAGCCAAGCCUACGAAGACGCACCUAUUUAUUUCCGCACUAAAUAAACGCAGAAAGCUAAUCCGUUGUUAUACCCAAAAUAUCGAUGGGCUCGAGAGGCAGCUGGGAAUGAAAACAGAAUUCGACCAGUUACAGGACUGGCCUCACCUUGAUGUGGUACAACUUCAUGGCGAUUUGAACAAAUUGAAAUGUAGCCGGUGUUUUGAAAAAUAUGAAUGGAAUGAGAUCUUUGUGGAUCAGAAAGGUGCAGAAGAAGAUGCGGGUCUUCUUAUUGCAUGUCCUAAUUGCGUGGAAAAGUACAAAAAAAUGCAGAGCUCGGGGAAAAGAUGCUGUGCGUCGAGUAUUGGAAUAAUUCGGCCAAAUAUCGUGCUUUAUGGCGAAGACCAUCCAUAUGGUGAAAUUUUGGCAAAGGGAAUGGAGCGUGACAUUUCUCGAAGACCUAAACUCUUUCUUAUUUUUGGCACAUCUCUCAAGGUGGUUGGGGUGAAACGGUUGGUAAGGAAACUUUGCAAGACAAUUCAUGAAAAUGACCCAGAAGGAAAAGUGGCCAUCAUAAACAAUACGGGACUUUGCCAGAGCAGUUGGGGAAAAUAUAUUGAUUAUCAGGUUUUAAGUGACUGCGAUGACUGGUGUAAUUACGUGGAGAAGAAGGUGCCGAGAUUGUUCAGAGAGACGAAAAAGCCUGAAAAUCUCAAAAUAGGAUCCAAAAAGAGAUUAUCGUCAUCAUUAUCGUCAUCAUUAUCGUCAUCGUCAUCGUCUUCGUCAUCAUCCCAUACAAUCAUCAUUGAAAAUCCUGCCAAAAGGAUUAAAGCUGAAAUAGUUGUUGUAUGA